AGUGAGGUGCUUGAUUCUGUACAGCACAUGUCUUUGUUUACAUGUGUGCAUUUGUGCAUGCAAAAGAAAUUUUUUUUUCCUAGUAAUUAAAUUAAAUAACCGUUCAUCUCAGCCCACCCUCCUGGACCAAAGCAUCUUCUUUUAAAUGGUUGUUGUGGGUUUUUUUUUCUUUUCCCCCUCAAUCAUCACUUAAGCAGCUAUAACUGCUUCUGGAACUUUAAAGACAAGCAAAACUAUUUUUAAGGAUGGUUUAACCCAAUCCCAGAUUGCAGUGUGGAAUACCUGCAGCAAAGAAGACAUCAUUCUCAGCAAAGAAGACAGCUUGGGACUUAUGGUUUGAGUUUUCCUUUGGUGGUCGUCUAGUUUUGUUGCAUCGAGACCAUGGUUCAGACUAAGUGGAAGUGCUGGUGGAUAGUGCUAUUGCUGGUGUGGAUUGGUGACUGGAACGUGGGUUUAUCUCAAGAUAAAGGAGUAGCAGCUCCAUCCUGCUAUGGAGGGUUUGACCUCUACUUCGUCCUGGAUAAGUCAGGAAGUGUGCAGCAUCACUGGACUGAGAUUUAUAACUUUGUGGCACAUCUCGCUCACAAGUUCAUUAGCCCACAGCUUCGAAUGUCCUUUAUCGUGUUUUCCACUGAGGGCCGGAUUCUCAUGCGGCUAACAGAGGACAGAGAAAAAAUUCGCAAAGGUCUGGAGGAGCUCCAGAGAGUUCUGCCAGGAGGGGAUACUUUCAUGCAUGAGGGUAUUCAAAGGGCAAGUGAGCAGAUUUACUAUGGGAACACUGAAGGGUACCGGACAGCAAGCGUCAUCAUCGCACUCACAGAUGGAGAAUUGCAUGAGGACCUUUUCUACUAUGCUGAAAGAGAGGCCAAUCGUUCCCGAAGCUUGGGUGCCUCAGUCUAUUGUGUAGGGGUAAAGGACUUCAAUGAAACACAGCUUGCCAAGAUUGCAGACAGCAAAGAUCACGUUUUCCCAGUGAAUGGUGGGUUUGAGGCUUUGCAGAGUGUGAUCGACUCGAUCCUGAGAAGAUCUUGCAUUGAGAUCCUUGCAGCAGAACCUUCCAGUAUCUGUGCUGGAGUGUCAUUCGAGGUUAUUGUGAGGGGGAAUGGGUUCCUCUAUGCCAGAAAUGUGGAUAAAGUCCUGUGCAGCUUCAGAAUUAAUGACACCCUGACCAGGAUGGUAAAGCCAUUGGUAGUGAAGGACACGUACCUGCGGUGUCCUGCACCGGUACUUAAAGAAGAAGGAACGGCAGCUUCCCUUUACGUGAGCAUGAAUGAAGGCCUUAGUUUCAUCUCCAGCUCUGUGACCAUCACCACUGUGAGAUGUUCUGAUGGGACAAUCCUGGCUAUAGCGCUGCUGAUUCUGAUGCUCUUGUUGGUAUUGGCUCUUCUCUGGUGGUUCUGGCCUCUCUGCUGCACUGUGAUCAUCCAUGAACCCCCACCACCUCCAAAAGAGGACAGUUCGGACGAGGAGGACGACGGAGCACCAAAGAAGAAAUGGCCAACAGUUGAUGCUUCCUACUAUGGAGGGCGUGGAGUUGGGGGGAUUAAAAGGAUGGAGGUACGCUGGGGAGAGAAGGGAUCAACUGAAGAGGGUGCUAAACUUGAAAAGGCAAAGAACGCCAGGGUGAAGAUGCCCGAGCAAGAGUUUGAAACUCCGCAGACUCGGGUCCUGAACAAUGGCAUGCACAAACCGCCAAGCCCUCGCAAGUGGUAUUCUCCAAUUAAGGGUAAACUGGAUGCCCUGUGGGUACUGCUAAAGAAAGGCUAUGACAGAGUGUCCAUCAUGAGACCACAACCAGGAGACAAGGGCCGCUGUAUGAACAUCACCCGCAUUAAGUCAAGCUCAUCUUCUCGCUAUCCAGCGUACAAUCGUCACACCCCGAUCUACACGCCCCAGCAAAGCUGCACCCCUCCUCCUCCUCCUCCUCCUCCCCCCCAGGGUCAGCUGCCCCCUCCACCCUGCAGCCCACAGUCCUCUCUUCCUCCUCUUUCCAUCACUCCAUCUCCACCUAUCACACCACCUCCAUCAUACACCCCUCCAUCAUCCUGGUCCUCGUCAUCAACUCCUGUUUUCUUUGCUUCGCCUUCUCCUCCAGCCUCACCUACAGGACCGCUGCCUCCUCCCCCACUGGUCCCACCUCCAUGCCGAGCCCCUCCUCCUGACCGCCCUCCACCACGUCCUUCCCUCUAAGGCUGUGGAGGUGAGUGGAGAAGCGGAACCAGGAAGUCAGCGGGAGACUCGAGUCUCUCUCCUGCACCUUCUUGUCUAACUGUGUGGCCUUCGGCAGUAAAAAAACUUAAUGACUGGCCCGCCAGUGGGAACAGAUACAAGGGAACUAUGAGGGGAAAUAUGUCUUCAACUUUAGCUACAAAACUACAGGAACCACAACACAGACUAAAGCAAUAUUACAGACCACACUGAACACAACACACAAGUCUUUAAAGAAGCAGGCUUUCCCAAUGGACCAAUACUACUCAACCCUACAUGUUCAAAUGACAAGAUAGACAUUCAUCUGAAGCCAUUUGCAGUGCAAACCAGUGAAUGUUCCAUUUACAGAAUCUAUUUAAUGGGAAAAGUUGCAAUAUGCACACAUUUGUUUCUUCAUACAGCUUAUACACCUUUAUGAGGCAUUUUAUAAGAAGAACUAUACAAAUAAAACAGAAUCCAGUCUCUAAAAAUACCCAAGAAAUGUCUGAUCAAAUCCUGAUCAUCCACUGCCCAAGGAAGCAGGUAGAUCAUGUGUAUUAAAACUCACAGGCCCUGAUUUACUAUCUAUCUAUCCAUCCAUCCAUCCAUCCAUUAUCUGUAGCCGCUUAUCCUGUGCAGGAUCACAGGCAAGCUGGAGCUUAUCCCAGCUGACUCUGGGCGAGAGGUGGGGUACACCCUGGACAAGUCGCCAAGUCAUCGCAGCCCUGAUUUACUCAUUCUCAUCUCAUUAUCUCUAGCCGCUUUAUCCUGUUCUACAGGGUCGCAGGCAAGCUGGAGCCUAUCCCAGCUGACUACGGGCGAAAG